AUGAAAGCUGGUUGGUGGUGUUUAGCAGUGGCUGUGACUAUCCUGUUUGUAGAGAGUGAAGAAGCGUCCUCAAAAGGCAGAAAAGAGGGAGGUUCCAAUUCUGGUAAAGCUAAGCUCAAAAAGGAUGUGACCAGCGUUGCUGACUUUUUUCCAUUUGAAAUCAGCGAACAAGUGGAGCUUACAGAUUUGAAUAACGAAGCUGUUUGGGACGUCGCGUUCGACUCUGACCACCGUCCAGUUCUUCUCAGCUUCAAGAUACGGUUCCACAAGAGAAACCGAGGAGUUCCUCUUCAACCGAAAAUCGACACGGCAGGUCUGAAAGACGAUGAAUGCAGAAGAAAAUUCCGCCAACAUGUGUUUAUUCAUGUUGGAGUACGGACCAGCAAGAAGCUUAGCGAUGCGGAUUCCUUCACAAAGUGCAUCCAGGACGCUGCAAAGGAAACGCUCCCGGUUCUAUUGCAGCGGAAGAAGUUUGCCUUUGCAUCAGCGGAAACAAAAUCCACAUACAAUUCUGUAUAUGUCGCGCGCAGCGCUGGUGACUUCAACCAGGAAAAGCGUCUUAGAAGGAAGCUGCGUCGUCAACUGCAACAAGACCGUGAUAACGAGUGGACGUCAAGAGCGAUGGAGUUUGAGAAGGCGUGGGAGGACAGGAACUCGCGGAAAGCCUACGCUCUACUAGAAUAG